ACCUCCUUCACCUACAUCUUCAACUGCGUCUGCUAGCACUACCACUUCUAGAAGUUCUGCUAGAGCAAAAAAAUUAAAAAAAGCUAGAGGAAUUUUAGAUGAAUUACUUACUGUUCCGCGUAAUAAUUAUAAUGAUUCUGCUGAUAUGAUAAAUAUAAAUAUUGAUGAAUAUGGAGAACAUAAUGCAAAUGGACUUUGGUAUAAAUUUGCAGAAAAGUAUGAAAAUAAAUUAAAUGAGAUCUUAAAUAAUAAACAUGUAGCUAUAAAAACAGCCAAAUCACAAGUUUAUAAAGAAAUUAUUAAACAUCUCCAUGGUCUUAAUGAAGCAACUUUAUGA